AUGUCGAAAUACGCACCUCAUCGCAGCGCAAACAGCAAUCCUCGUUCAUCCUCCUCCACCAUUUGCCAAAAAUGCCUCGGCACAGGCCAUUUCAUUUUCGAAUGCAAGUCGACUCGACCGUACGUCUCACGGCCGUCACGCACGCAACAACUUGAGAACCCAAAGGUGCUCGCAAAGAUGAAAGCAGAAGGCAAACCCUCUGUAGAAGUUCCCGAGGAAUUUAAGACGAAAAGCGGGACUGCGAAUCGAAUAUUAGAAGCAAAGGAAAAGGAGAGGGAGGGUGGUCAAGCUGAAGGCAAAGACAAGGCAAGGAAGAAGGCUAAAAGGUGGGUCUAA